AUGCAAGCACAAGCGUCCAAAGAUCAGUCCAUGCUUGGGAAGAGCAUCGCAGACGCCGCAGCAACAAUUCAAGGGUCGGAGCUAUUCAUCUGGUCCUCCCUUGCAGACGCUAGCAAAUGGAGCCAGGGUCAAUAUCGCAAAGCGUGGCACUUCGAGUCGAAAGCACGUGUGGUCGACUACAUUAAAGAAGCACAUCCACAUCUAGCAAAGCAAAUGUCCAUCUUACAGAUGGGUCUCUUCGUUGAAAAUUGGAAGUGGGGUCCAAUCUCAGUGCCGUGGUUCAAGGAAGCAGAUGUAACGAAUAUUCUCCGUAUACCGGGCAAUGGACACCAAGCUGUGUCCUUCGUCAAUCCGAGUGACACUGGAAAGUUCAUUGAUGCCUUAGCGCAGCUACCUAAGGGUACGGUUCUACUCGCAUAUGGUGAUAGACUUACCUGGGACCAGGAUGUCAGCAUGUGGACGGAAUGUACAAACGUCAAAGCACGAUUACAGAAGACAAGUAUUCACCAGCACUUUACGCUCGACGGUGACGCUGGAUACGCCGAGGAGAUGGCUAAAACGUACGCUUAUAUGGUCGACUAUGGGUAUCACGGUCGUGAUCCGGGCGUCUUGAUGCCGGCUGAUGUAAGAGUAAAUCAGCAGCCCAUGAGCUCGAUAUGUUUGCGCUGA